AUGAGUAUCAAGCCUGAAUGGAAAAUUUGCGGGACGGGCAAGAGGCAAUCGCCAAUCGAUCUUACUCCAAAAAUAGCUCGCAUUGUUCACAAUUCUACAGAGCUUCUUCAGACAUAUUACAAACCAGUAGAAGCUACUCUUAAGAACCGUGGAUACGACAUGAUGGUUUCAUGGGAAGACGACGCAGGAAAGAUCGUGAUCAAUGAUACUAACUAUAAGUUGGUUCAAACCCAUUGGCACGCACCUUCAGAGCAUUUCCUCAAUGGUCAAAAAAUGGCCAUGGAACUUCACAUGGUACAUAAAAGUGAAGGACACUUAGCCGUUAUCGGAGUUCUAUUCAGAGAAGGUGCACCGAAUGCUUUCAUUUCACGGAUAAUGGACAAGAUCAAUUCGAUCGCGGACGUACAAGGUGGAGAAGCCAGCAUUGGAACGAUUGAUCCAAGAGAGGAGUUUGAAUGGGAUCUUACAAAAUUCUAUGAAUACAGAGGAUCGCUCACGACUCCUCCUUGCACGGAAGAUGUCAUGUGGACAAUCAGCAACAAGGUCGGAACUGUUUCACGUGAGCAAAUCAGUGCUGUAGUUGAUGCUCGUCGCGGUGGUUAUGAGGCGAACGCAAGACCGGCUCAAGCGCUGUACGGACGUACGGUUUAUCUAAAUGAACAGACCAUUGCAUCAGAACACUGA